CCGCUGCUGCCGCUGCUGCUGGGAGUCUCCGGGAUGGAGUAAACGCCGCAGCCGCCGCCUCUUGACUCCUUCUCGCCACCUUCAUGCGGGACCGUCGCCUGCGCCGGCAGAGAUAUCGCGAACACCCAGCAGCAGGCUGCCCGCGCUCCCCGCCAUGGCCGACCGAGGCGUCGAUUUGUCGGCUCUGCCUAAAGAGGUCAGGGACCAGCUGGCGGAGUUGGACCUGGAGCUGUCCGAAGGUGACAUCACACAGAAGGGCUACGAGAAGAAAAGGACCAAACUCCUGGUGCCGUACAUCAUCCACACCCCAGUGGAACCGCCCCCGAGGAACGACGUGCGGCCGCCAGCUCCUAGUUCCUCCUCCGGCCACGGACCCCCUCCUUCUAACUCAUCCCGUUACCGCGAAAGGCGCUCACGUAGAACUCAUCGCAAUGGCGGAACCAGGGAUGACCGAUACCGAUCAGAUAUCCACUCUGAAGCUGUCCAAGCUGCUCUGGCUAAACAUAAAGAGGAAAAGAUGGCGCUGCCCAUGCCUACAAAACGCCGCUCAACCUAUGUGCCGUCGCCCAUCGAAACGCGUACACCACCAGACUCCUCGUCGGCCUCUGAAGACGAAACGUCUGUGCGUAGGCAGUCGUCAUUGGUCAUCCCCGUCCCUUUGCACAAUCCCAACGCGCAGAGCCUCGACUAUUGGAUUAACCGCACCACCCAGGGUUCGUCUACGUCCUCAUCGGCCUCCUCCACCAUGUCCCAUGGAGAGCCCAAACCUCAGUCUCAGAACCAGCCUCAGCCUCAGUACAAGCCUCAGUACCAGCCUCUGUACAAGCCUCAGUACCAGCCGCACUAUCAACCCAAACAGGAGCCACAUGCCGCCGCCGUCACCGACAUGAUGGCGCACAGCCGCGUCGCCCCCUCAGAGAACAGUGCCCCGCCUCCAGAUGUGACCACCGUUGCUCUCCCAGCCAGAGGUCCGCGGGUGGACUUGCCCUCCAACGCCACCGUCCGAGGGAUGAGUCGAGGACAGAGUCGCUCCAGCAUGAUGGAGACUGCAGACGGAAGAAUUAAUCUCCAGAGAGUUCCAGUGAACAGCAGGGUGUCCACCAAGAUCCAGCAACUGCUAAACACCCUGAAGAGGCCGAAGAGACCACCCCUCAGUGAGUUUUUCACGGACGACUCUGAAGAGAUAGUCGAAGUGCCCCAGCCGGACCCUAACACACCUAAACCGGAAGGCCGUCAGAUCAUCCCGGUGAAAGGCGAGCCUCUAGGGGUGGUCAGUAAUUGGCCCCCAGCCUUGCAGGCUGCUUUGGCCCGGUGGGGGGCCACACAGGGGAAAAGCCCGGCCCUCACAGCUCUUGACAUCACAGGCAAACCGCUGUACACGCUGACAUAUGGGAAGCUGUGGAGUCGCAGUGUGAAGCUGGCGUUCACUCUUCUCCAUAAGCUGGGCACCAAGAAUGAGCAGAUUCUCAAACCCGGAGACAGGGUGGCACUGGUGUUCCCUAACAGUGACCCUGGGAUGUUCUGGGUGGCCUUCUAUGGCUGCCUCCUGGCUGAGGUUAUACCUGUACCCAUAGAGGUGCCCUUGUCUCGCAAGGAUGCGGGCAUCAGCCAGGUGGGGUUUCUCCUAGGUAGCUGUGGUGUCGGCCUGGCACUGACCAGCGAGAUUUGUCUGAAGGGUUUACCUAAGACCCCAGCUGGAGAAAUAAUGCAGUUCAAAGGCUGGCCUCGGAUGAAGUGGGUGAUUACAGACUCCAAAUAUCUGACUAAGCCUUCUAAAGACUGGCAGCCGCACAUCCCGACAGCCAAUACUGACCCAGCAUACAUCGAGUACAAGGCCAAUAAAGAGGGCACCGUGGUGGGUGUGGCUGUGUCCAAAGUGGCCAUGCUGACCCACUGCCAGGCACUGACUCAGGCCUGCAACUACUGCGAGGGAGAAACAUUAGUGAAUGUUCUGGACUUUAAGAAAGACAUGGGUCUGUGGCAUGGGGUUCUCACGGCUGUGAUGAACAGGAUCCACACUAUAAGUGUUCCCUAUGCAGUCAUGAAGGCGUGUCCUCUCUCAUGGGUGCAGAGGGUCCACAUUCACAAAGCUCGUUUAGCUUUGGUGAAGUGCCGGGACCUGCACUGGGCCAUGAUGGCUCACCGGGAGCAGAGAGACAUUAGCCUGGUGUCUUUGCGGAUGCUGAUUGUUGCUGAUGGCGCCAACCCCUGGUCAGUUUCCUCCUGUGAUGCCUUCCUGAACGUGUUCCAGUCUCACGGGCUGAAGCCGGAAGUCAUCUGUCCCUGUGCUACAUCCCCUGAGGCCAUGACAGUGGCUAUACGCAGACCUGGAUUACCGGGCGCACCACUUCCCGCCCGUGCCGUCCUUUCCCUUGGCGGCCUGAGCCAUGGGGUCAUCAGGGUCAAUACAGAAGACAAGAACUCAGCCCUCACCGUGCAGGAUGUGGGGCAUGUUAUGCCAGGAGCUCUGAUGUGCAUUGUCAAACCAGACGGGCCUCCUCAGUUAUGUAAAACCGAUGAAAUCGGAGAGAUAAUAAUCAACUCCCGAGCUGGGGGCACAAUGUACUACGGCCUGCCCGGGGUCACCAAAAACACUUUUGAGGUGAUACCGGUCAAUUCUAAUGGAGUCCCCAUUGGAGAGAUUCCAUUUGUACGUUCAGGACUCUUGGGGUUUGUUGGUCCGGGAAGUCUGAUCUUUGUUGUGGGCAAGAUGGAGGGUCUCCUACAAGUGAGCGGACGGAGACACAACGCCGACGACCUAGUGGCCACUGCACUCGCCGUGGAGCCGGUCAAGACUGUGUACCGAGGGAGGAUCGCUGUGUUCUCAGUCACUGUGUUCUACGACGAGAGGGUCGUGAUUGUGGCCGAGCAGAGGCCGGACGCCAGCGAGGAGGACAGCUUCCAGUGGAUGAGCCGCGUCCUUCAGGCCAUUGACAGUAUCCACCAGGUCGGCCUCUACUGCCUUGCUCUAGUCCCAGCUAACACCUUACCAAAAACACCUCUGGGGGGCAUCCACAUUUCCGACACCAAGCAGUUCUUCUUGGAGGGCAACCUUCACCCUUGCAACAUCCUCAUGUGUCCACAUACCUGUGUCACCAACCUGCCCAAACCCCGGCAGAAGCAGCCAGUUGGUGUUGGUCCUGCAUCCGUGAUGGUGGGAAACCUGGUGGCAGGGAAGAGGAUCGCCCAGGCAUCAGGCAGAGAGCUUGGCGUGAUUGAAGAUCAGGAUCUUGUCCGGAAACUCUGUAUGUGGCCCACUGUCAUGCAUCAGUAUUUGGCAGAAGCACUACAGUGGAGAGCACAGACUGAUCCAGACCAUGUUCUUUAUGUGCUUCUUAACGCCAAGGGAGUGGCUGUGAGCACGGCAACCUGCGUUCAGCUUCACAAGCGAGCCGAGAAGAUUGCGGCGGCGCUCAUGGAGAAAGGCAGCAUCAACACCGGCGAGAACGUUGUGUUGCUUUACACUCCUGGUAUUGACUUGAUCGCCUCUUUUUAUGGCUGCCUCUACGCUGGCUGUGUCCCCGUGAACGUCAGACCUCCACAUCCUCAGAACCUAUCGGCCACGCUGCCUACUGUCCGUAUGAUCAUUGAUGUCAGUAAAGCAGCAUGUAUCCUCACAACUCAAAAUCUGAUGCGGAUACUUCGCUCCAAAGAGGCUGCAGCAUCUGUAAACAUUAAAACAUGGCCGACAAUCAUAGACACUGAUGACCUUCCUCGCCGCCGGCCUCCUCAGAUCUAUAAGCCGCCCACAGCCGAGAUGAUAGCCUAUCUGGACUUCAGUGUGUCCACUACGGGCAUGCUCACUGGAGUCAAGAUCUCUCAUGCAGCGGUCAGUGCCCUGUGCCGCUCUAUAAAACUGCAGUGUGAGCUUUACUCCUCUCGCCAAAUCGCCAUCUGCCUGGAUCCUUACUGCGGUCUGGGCUUUGUCUUGUGGUGCCUCGCUAGUGUUUACUCAGGUCAUCAGUCUAUCCUGAUUCCUCCAUUUGAGCUGGAGACCUGCUUGUCCCUGUGGCUCAGCACGCUCAGUCAAUAUCGUGUCAGAGACACCUUCUGCUCCUACUCCGUCAUGGAGUUCUGCACCAAAGGACUGGGCACUCAAACAGAGUUGCUCAAGGCUCGUGGCGUCAACCUGUCGUGCGUGCGAAGCUGCGUGGUGAUUGCAGAGGAGCGCCCUCGCCUGGCCCUCACACACUCUUUCUCUAAGCUGUUUAAAGAUCUAGGGUUGUCAACCAGGGCUGUCAGCACCGCUUUUGGAUCCAGGGUAAACCUGGCUGUCUGUCUGCAGGGUACCACUGGUCCUGAUCCUUGUACAGUCUACGUAGACAUGAAGUCGCUUCGCCAUGACAGGGUGAGACUAGUUGAGAGAGGAGCUCCUCAGAGUCUUCCACUGAUGGAGUCUGGCAAGAUAUUGCCAGGCGUUCGAGUCAUAAUCGUGAACCCAGAGACCAGAGGCCCACUCGGAGAUUCUCAUCUCGGAGAGAUUUGGGUAAACAGCCCUCAUAAUGCCAGUGGUUACUACACCAUCUACGGAGAGGAAAGUCUUCAGGCCGACCACUUUAACACCAAGCUGAGCUUUGGGGACCCGCAGACCUUAUGGGCCAGAACCGGAUACUUGGGCUUUGUGAAGAGGACCGAGCUCCUAGAUGCCAGUGGAGAUCGGCAUGAUGCUCUUUUUGUGGUGGGAUCGCUGGACGAGACCCUGGAGCUUCGUGGGCUUCGCUACCACCCCAUUGACAUUGAGACAUCCGUGUCUCGUGCCCACCGCAGUAUCGCUGAGAGUGCUGUGUUUACGUGGACCAACCUACUGGUGGUGGUGUCGGAGCUGUGCGGUUCAGAGCAGGACGCGCUGGACCUGGUGCCUCUGAUAACAAACGUGGUCCUGGAGGAGCACCACCUCAUUGUGGGCGUGGUUGUCAUCGUGGACCCCGGGGUCAUUCCCAUCAACUCACGGGGGGAAAAGCAACGAAUGCACCUUCGGGACUCAUUUCUGGCCGACCAGCUGGAUCCCAUUUAUGUCGCUUACAACAUGUAAGGGUUGGUGGCGGUCCAGGCCUGCUGGCGUGUGACUGGACCCGUCCUGUUUGAAUGGUCACUGUGUUUUAUUGACGUGCAAAUCAGUCCGAAGCAGGAAGACGAAACCGCCAGGAGCGUUUCGUUAUAAAAUGCCCCCCCUCCAAAAAAUGUUGAAUUGCCCUUCUUAUGUAAAGGGCCUUUCACACAGGACCACUUUGGAAAUUCCAUGUUAUUGCCUUUAUUAGUAUCUAUAUUGAAAAAGAACAAUCUACCUGCUAUAUAGUUAGUUACCACAAACCUUUUGAAACACUUGUGGUGACACUGAUUCCAAGAGCUACUACUCAACUUGAAAUAGUUUUUACAUGCAGCUUUCAAACAAAUGCACACACACGCUUGUGUCGAGCCUGUCUUUACCCUCAAUGGUGUCGGAAAAAAAGCAAAUCCAGCUUGUUUCGUGCUGCGUUCAACCUUGGCACGUUUAGAUCGUUUCAAAGGAACUUUGGUACAGUUACUCUGCUAGAAAGGAUUGUUCGAUUAAUUCCAAACGCAAUCAUCUGAACCCUGAUGUGCACCAAACAGGCGUCGAUGAAACUCGGCCUGUUCUUUAAGUGAACUCGGGUGUGGUUCUUUCGCAAAAGUGAAUGCUACAAGAGCCAAAGACACAGACCUGUGUUGAAAUGAUAACAAAAGUAAUGCAAAAAUUACAAAUAUGUGAGAAAAUGUGUUGAAAGUUCUCUCACUGUGUGUUUGUGAUAACUACUCUUUAAGGUACAUUUUAGAGGCUUUCGGUAAAGAAGGUGUUUUGGUUGUGAAUAUGUGAGUUUUGUCACAUAUUAAUGUCAUGAAAACAAGUCCCUACUGUAUGCUUACAAAAAUAUACGUGUGAACGCUAAAAGAGCCGCACCAAAGUAUGCACCGAGUUUCUGUUUUUGAUCAUUGGUUCGGACCAGAGCAACAAACCACAAUAACAUGUCAUGUUUAAUUAAGAGGAAUGUCGGAGAGUUUAGGUUGCAGACUACUUACAUGUGAACUUUGGUGUGGUUUACUUCACUUGAGCUGAAAUGGAACGCUACACAGACCAAAGACAUGGCGAUGUGUUGAAUUGACAGCAAAAAUGGUGUAAAAAAUGACAAAUAUGUAUGAGAAAAGGCUGUCACUCUGCAUUCUUUCUUUCUGUGUGACAACUGCACUCUUUUAAAGUUUUUCAGAAUGCUUUGGUGAAAUUUAAGCUGGUAAGAACAUUCCUAAAUAUUUUAUUAUAUAUUAUAUAUACACUAUAUUGCCAAAAGUAUUUGGCCACCCAUCCAAAUGAUCAGAAUCAGGUGUCUUAUUCACUUAGCCUGGACACAGGUGUAUGAAAUCAAGCACUUAGGCAAGGAGACUGUUGCUACAAACAUUUGUGAAAGAAUGGGUCGCUCUCAGGAGCUCAGUGGUUUCCAGCGUGGAACUGUCAUAGGAUGCCACCUGUGCAACAAAUGCAGUCGUGAAAUAUCAUCGCUCUUAAAUAUUCCAAAGUCAACUUUUGGCUUUAUUAUAAGAACAUGGAAGAGUUUGGGAACAACAGCAACUCAGCCACAAAGUGGUAGGCCACGUAAACUGAAGCGCCAAGUGCAAAUAGGUUGCCGACUUUCUGCUAUAGUUGCUAGAGCUCCAAACUUUAUGUGACUUCCAAUUAGCCCACGUACUGUACGCGGAGAGCUUCAUGGAAUGGGUUUCCAUGGCCGGCCAGCUGCAUCUAAGCCCUACAUCAUCAAGUCCAAUGCAGAGCGUCUGAUGCAGAAGUGUAAUGCACGUCGUCGCUGGACUCUAGAGCAGUGGCGACGACCUCUCUGGAGUGAUGAAUCACACUUUUCCAUCUGGCAAUCUGAUGGAGGAGUCUGGGUUUGGAGGUUGCCAGGAGAACAGUACGUUUUGGACUGCAUUGUUCGGAGUGUGAAAUUUGGUGGAGGAAGAAUUAUGGUGUGGGGUUGUUUUUCAGGAAUUGGGCUUGGCCCUUUAGUUCUAGUGAAAGAAACUUUGAAUGCUCCAGUAUACCAAAACAUUUUGGACAAUUCCAUGCUCCCAACCUUGUGGGAACAGUUUGGAGCGGGCCCCUUCCUCUUCCAACAUGACUGUGCACCAGUGCACAAAUCAGGGUCCAUGAAGACUUGGAUGACAGGGUCUGGUGUGGAUGAACUUGACUGGCCUGCACAGAGUCCUGACCCCUGAACCCGACAGAACACCUUUGGGAUGAAUUAGAACUGAGACUUAGAGACAGGCCUUCUCGACCAACAUCAGUGUGUGACCACACCAAUGCGCUUUUGGAAGAAUGGUCGAAAAUUCCUAUAAACACACUCCACAAACUUGUGGACAGCCUUCCCAGAAGGUGGACCCACAUCAUAUUGAACCCUAUGGGUUAGGAAUGGGAUGGCACUUCAAGGUCACAUGUGAGUCAAGGCAGGUGGCCUAAUACUUUUCGCAAUACAGUGUAUAAUUUACUUAUACAUAUAAAUAGUAUUAUUUUCUAUUCGCAUUUUAAUUUGGAAAAUGUGAGUCAUCCUGUAAUGUGUCACAAAAGUGUGAACUGUGUGCGGAACCACACUAAAGUAUCACCAACAAUCUUUAGAUCUCUGGUCCCAACCAAGUACCAAACCAAGUGUGAACGCUGCCUCUAUAGUCUGUUAGUUAUUUAGCUUACAUGUCCUAAGAUAUUAAAAGCCAAAUCUUUUCACAGCUUUCCUGCCCUGAUAUACACUAUUUCCUGCCUUAUAAAAAAAAAGUUAUACAUUCCUCUUUCAUUGGAUUGAAUCUAUUUUUAAAGGCCGUUUGUUUUCCUUUGGCUUUAAUCGGAAAUCCUGAUGAGACACCCAAAGGAUGCAAAUAAAGGAGGCUUCUAUGUCAAAAGCCCUCUUUGUAUUUUAGAUACGCUUAUGUAACUAUAACGAUGUUUUUAAUUGUAUAAACUGUAUAAAACUCUACUUUCAUCUACUGAUUGAUCCUAGGUCCUAGGUGGUUGACUAACUUGACUCGGUUGGGAGAUGAAGAAGACUGUAAAUAAGAUUAAAGAGCUAUGACGGUACUUGCAAUAGUAGUCGCGUGAUGGAAGGUUAUGAAUAAUAAACCUGUAAAUCAUUGUUAUAGACAUGACACAUAUAAUGUUGCACUUUCUUCAAAAAUAUAUAUAUAUUUUAUUACAACAAUGAGAUAUUGUAACUAAUAUUUCAGGAAAGUUGUAUUGCGUUUCAGGCCAUAAAAAAUAUAAAAGCACUUAAAAUGCGCCUUUCUACACGCUUUACUGUACACCGUCGCCCUGUCCGGCCAAUCACACGCUGACCACGAGCACGGUAUAUCUAACCAGUUCAAACGCGCAGGAGCCAGUACUUUAUGAAUCCAACUUUUUACAGGCUGCAAGGUUAUUCAUGCAGAAUAUGUUCAUUAAAUUAGUUUUUGGAUUGCAUCCUUUCGCCAUGUUGUUGGGAGUUGGAGAUUAGCAAAUGUGGGUUCUUCACUGGAUUCAGUCUCUAAAUCACGCAAGCACGAGUAGCAAAAAGCACAGCGGAGAUCCAUUUCGUUGACUGAAAAAUAUGAUUUUCAUCAAGAAGCAUGUGCAAAUUGUAAUUUGGUGUACUUUUCUUGUGCUUUUUGCCAUCGGUUGUAGGAUCUUUGUACUGGACAACAUUGUAUCUGUGUUGAACCCCUACUUUUAACAUGUACAUAUUUUUUGUUAGACUUUACGUCCCAUUACAACGUGACUGACAAUGUUGGAAAAAUCUUUGCAAGAUUUGUUAAUUUACUUGACGCUUAUAUCAAUAUACGCCACCUAACAUUAACUAAAAUGUUUGAUAAAAACUCCACUGAACUGAAAUUGGAGGAAAAAUCGGAGACAAUCUAAACUGCAAGGACUUAGAGCAGGGGUGUCAAACUCAUUGUAGAAUGGGGGCCACAUGGAGAUAAAAUCUACUCCCAAGUGGGCCGGACAGGUAAAAUCCCGGCACGAUAACUUAGAAAUAAAGACAACUUCAAAAUUGUUUUCUGUGUUUAAAAAUAGAAGAAGCGCAUUCUGAAAUUGUACAAAUCAUAAUGUUUUGGGUUUUUUUUUACAUUUACAUUUUGCUGUUAAUAUGUUUAUUAGUUUAUUAGUAUGUUUGAAAUAUUUACGGAAUACAACUCAGCUAACCCAGGGAUGUUGGACCAGCUGGUCCCAUGGUGCAAACGAUGAAAUAAUAUUUAACACUGUCCAUGUUGUUGAUUGAUUGAUUGAAACUUUUAUUAGUAGAUUGGACAAUACAGUACAUAUUCCAUACAAACCACUAAAUGCUAACACCCGAAUAAGUUUUUUAACCUGUUUAAGUCGGGGUCCACGUAAAUCAGUAAAUCAAUACAUGGUACAAAUAUAUUAGGGGUGUGGGAAAAAAUUUAUUCGAAUACGUUAUCUAUACCCUGAUAACGAAAAAUAAAGGUUUACUUACAAACAUUAUCAAAUCAUUUAUAAAUAAUGCGAUGUUUAUAAGUCAACACACUGGUGUUAUUUUUCAAUCUAUCAAGGUAAAAAAAAAAAUUAUCAAAAUCAAAUUACAGGAUGUUAUUUAUGUAGUUUGCUCAUUUUCCUCAACUGAUGUACUAACAUCAUCUGGUUAUUUAUUUUUUUUUUACAUCUUUAGCAUCAUCUACAACCGGGGUCGCCAACCUUUUUGAAACCAAGAGCUUUUCUUGGGUACUGAUUAAUGCGAAGGGCUACCAGUUUGAUACACACUUAAAUAAAUUGUAUUUCUGUCUGUCAGUCCGUCGUACAUUUUUUUUCUUUUACGGAAAGUUUUUGGUAGAGAAUAAAUGAUGAAAAAAACACUUAAUUAAAUGGUUUAAAAGAGGAGAAAACAUGAAAAAAAAAAGAAAAUUACAUUUUGAAACAUAGUUUAUCUUCAAUUUCGACUCUUUAAAAUUCAAAAUUCUAGCGGAAAAAAGAAGAGAAAAACUAGCUAAUUCGAAUUUUUUUGAAAAAAUUUAAAAAAGAAUUUAUGGAACAUCAUUAGUCAUUUUUCCUGAUUAAGAUUAAUUUUAGAAUUUUGAUGACAUGUUUUAAAUAGGUUAAAAUCCAAUCUGCACUUUGUUAGAAUGUAUAACAAAUUGGACCACACUAUAUUUCCAACAAAGACAAAUCAAAAUGUCUUCUAGAUUUUCCAGAACAAAAAUUAAAAAAAAAAAAUCAAAAGACUUUGAAUAAGAUUUAAAUUUGAUUCUACAGAUUUUCUAGAUUUGCCAGAAUAUUUUUUUCGAAUUUUAAUCAUAAAUUUGAAGAAAUAUUUCACAAAUAUUCUUCGUCGAAAAAACAGAAGCUAAAAUAAAGAAUUAAAUUAAAAUGUAUUUAUUAUUCCUUACAAUAAAAAAAUAAAUUUACUUGAACAUUGAUUCAAAUUGUCAGGAAAGAGGAAGGAAUUUAAAAGGUAAAAAGGUAUGUGUUUAAAAAUCUUAAAAUCAUUUUUAAGGUUGUAUUUUUUCUCUAAAAUUGUCUUUCUAAAAGUUUUAAGUAAAGUAAAAAAUAAAUGAAUUUAUUUAAACAAGUAAAGACCUAGUCUUCAAAAUUAUUUUCUUGGAUUUUCAAAUUCUAUUUGAGUUUUGUCUCUCUUAGAAUUAAAAAUGUCGAGCAAAGCGAGACCAGCUUGCUGGUAAAUAAAUAAAAUUAAAAAAAUAGAGGCAGCUCACUGGUAAGUGCUGCUAUUUGAGCUAUUUUUAGAACAGGCCAGCGGGCGACUCAUCUGGUCCUUAUGGGCGACCUGGUGCCCGCGGGCACCGCGUUGGUGACCCCUGAUCUACAAAGAUACAAAGAAUUGCUGUUGUGACAUCUAGUGGACAAAUUUAGAACAGUGUUUUCUUUCAUUCAAAAAUGUUGACUCAUUUUUUACUUAGCAAAGGCCGUAUGUUUGACACCCCUGAAUUAGAAGCAUCUCAUGAAUAAUUUCACAAAACAAAACGCUGAUGCGACAAAUUUACAGUAGCUCUGUUUGAAAGCUAACACUCAGCCCCAAAACAAAUUUCCCAAACAAGCAGCUUAAAUCACUCUUAUCCGGUAAUAAUACACUGUGCCUCAGUUUUCGUACGCCCUGCUUUGCAUGAUUUGGUUUUUGACCAAAAUUUUCGCCAAAAUACCAUCUCAGUUGUCUUACAACAGAACAAGCUAGUGCGUUUUCCCGCGGAAUUGAGGGCCCCAAAAAAGGAUUUGACGCGUCUGUAAUUGUUUUGUUUUGUUUUGUUUUGGUGUACGACAACAUUAACUCACUUUUACUAAACAAUCAGUUAUAUUUAUGCCGACAAAAUGUGUUGCUAGAGACGUUUUAGGGAUUUUGAGUCAUACUGCGCUCCAGAUGAGUCGUGUUAAAUUUUCUGAUUAAUAUUGAUUUUCAAUUAAUCCACAUUAAAGCGUCAAUUUAUUGCAUACAUUUUUUGCAUUGUUUUUGAUAGUAAAGCUAUAAUUACUGUAUUCUCUUUCAAAUGAGAUUUGUGUUAAUAUUUUUGGUUGCGUGUAACGGAUUAAUUGGACUUGCAUCAUGUCAAAAACUGCUUGUUUUCCUCGAACUUUUUGGUACAGACUACUACUGACGAUGGAGGUACCACCUUUCAGCAUGUACAUUUUCAUAUUUACAGCAAGCAUCAAAGUCUCCUUCUCUUUGUCACCAAUCUCAUCCAUGUAGAUUUAGAGAUGAAUUUAUUUUUUCAAGCAAGCCUCUAAAGCCCAGGGUUUAGGAGGCUAAUGGUGCAGCAGAGGGCUUAUCUCCAGGCAGGAGAGAACAAUUAUAUAAAUAUAGAUAUAUAUAGACAUGUAUGUAUGAAAUAUUCAGGGAAUACAACUCAGCUAACCCAGGGAUGGUGGACCAGCUGGUCCCAUGGUGCAAACGAUGAAAUAAUAUUUAACACUGUCCAUGUCCCAUCUCCUGCAUUGCUAAGUCGACAUUUUGGUAUUUUCCCGUUCUUUUUACGUCAACCUCUACACACACUAUGCAAAACUUGACGACAGUGCAAUUUUGUUGAAGUUUGCACCGUCUUGUGAACGACGCUUCUACAUUUUCUAAAUCACUGAUAACAUUGAAAUUUUUUUUUUUUUAAUGGCGAUAUUCACCUCUUGAGUUGUUGAGUUGAUAUUGUGUGUGCAUCCCCUCAGCAUGUUGUAUAAAUAUAAAGUAUUUCAUGAAUUCUUAACUGGUCCAUGAACAUGUGAUUCCCGCCCUUAUUUAAUUAUUUUAUAAUUUGCUUGGUUGUACCUUUGUUUUAUACUUUAUGUACAAGUAAUGCAAAAUAAAUUAAGAAAAGCAUUUAAUCUUUUGUAGGUGUGUUGCAGUUUCCAUUGAUUAUUUUAUUGUGAACACACAAAGGGUCUUACUGCAAUGUUUUAAUGGCGUUUACUAGACGUUCUCCUUGGAUUUUUGACUUUGUGGAAGUUCCAUUCAAUAAAAUAAAAACCUUCUCAUUUUAUGUCUC